ACAAGGCAUUUUUGUUAUUUAUAGAAAUUCUCCACUCAAUGUUUUUUUGGCUUUCAUGUCUCAUGAACAAUAUGAAAAGAUGUACACAUUCGUCUAUUUAAUAGAAUCAGCUGUUGUUGCGAAUGUAAUUUUAGACCUUAUACUACAUGACAUUGCCGUUAUUGAAUUAUGUUGGAUGUUGUCUGCACAAUUAAAAAUGAUUGCUUCUAAAUAUGAGACUUUCGGCUAUCAACUUAUAAAUAACGAAGAAUCAAAUAACAACAGUUCUGUUGACAAUUUCAGGAAUAUAAUUUUAAAUCACAUAAAAAUAAUAACGGAAAUUAAACAUUUUUAUGAACUUAUCAAACCUAUAACAAUAGUUCAAUUGGGAAUUAUGUCUAAUGUUUUUAUCGCGUUGACUUUUAUGUGCGUUUUGUUUUAUUUCAGUAGUGGAAUGUUAUUGUCAGUGAUAUUUUUGAAGCUCCUAUGCACUUUAUUAGGAGUAAUGUUGCAUUUGUUUAUCUCAGGCUAUUUUUUCGGUUAUUUAGAAAAUGAGAGGAAUUCUAUAAUUUUUGCUCUCUAUAGUUGUAAUUGGAUAGAUCAAAAUAUGAAAUUUAAAGAAAUGUUAUUAAUGGCUUUUAGAAUGAAUAAUGGUUGUAAUGUAGUCAUGCGGCUGACACCAACAAAGUUUGUCAACAUAGAAAUGUUUGCCAAAGUAAUGAACAUAACAUAUUCAAUCAUAUCGGUAUUGACAAAAAAAAAGCUAUUAGAAAAAUAAAAUUUGAAUUCAUUAAAAUCAAAUAAAAAAUAAAAUGGCAAAAUAUGUUGUG